CUACGGCGCACGAUGAAGCAGCGUCAUCUAGACGCGCCAUUGCUCUGCUCUACGGCCCAGCCGCAAUUCCCGUGAUCAAUCGACGCAAGUAUGCCUUGAUGCCAGGGGCAAUCCUUCUGGGGAUCCUCCUGGGUUUCUGCGCCUCGUCCUGGGCGCUUAUUGGGCCAACCGCCAAACUGACAUGGAUCUUGUGCAUUCGCCACACUGCUUUGGCGGGUUUGCCAUGGUCCCGUGAAAGCCAACUGCCGCAGCGUCUGACGAUGGCCGUGAUGAAGCUUCGUCAAUCUGGAAUUCCGCGUAGACCGAAUGCUGCAAUGAGUCAAUCACCGAGCUGCCUCUCGAGGUCAUUAUUCGGAACGUCGUCAUUCCGCUUCGUCUUCCGGAUGUUCCCAUCUCAGGAGAUGAUCCCUUGAACCAUCAGCUUGGGCGCCACCGAUUGGCCAGCCUUACAACCAUCCCUUGCAUCGAUUCAUCGCACUUCGCACUUGGUUUGCUU